AUGUUUAAAUUGUUUUCAUCAGUCACCAUGCAACCGAGUGUAUUGGUCGCAUCAAGGAGUAUAUCAACAUGUGGAGGACCAUUACUCUUCCGUUCAUCUGUACCUAUGUUUGCUGAGCCAUUGAAAAAAAAGAAACGUUUGGAUCCACAGAUAUUAAAAGCCAGAGAAGAUAGGAAACGUAAAAAGAUAGAAAAAUCCAUUAGAAAAUUGGAGAAGGUAUCCAAAACAUUAAAACCUAUUGAUGAGGUACAAUUAAUGGCUUCAUUAUCCAAUGAACUUGACAGUCGUCAGAGACCAAUUGUAGUGCAUAGUAAUGAUAAGCUCGAGGAACGAAUAGUUGCAGCAAAGGCAUGGUCAAUGUAUAAGCAUGAUGAACACUUUUUCAAUCUUCAAGUUAUCAACGACCUAGAGUAUUCACAGCAACGUGCAUUGAAUGAGUUACGUGAAGUUUCUGAAGAUUUGUAUCUAGCUGCUGUUGACAUUGACGAAUCCUUAUUGACAUGCCAACUAACUGGACCAGUAGAAACUCCUCCAAUUGAAAACUACCAAAGUCCUGAUGGAGAAUAUAUUGAUAUUUCAAAAAAAUGGGACUAA